AUGUCUUCCAUCUACAAGCUUUCCAUCUCUGGUAUCCGUUCUUUCUCUGAUGAAUCCCAGGAAACUAUCCAGUUCGGCAAGCCUCUCACCCUCAUUGUUGGUACUAACGGCUCUGGAAAAACUACGGUCAUCGAAUGCCUUAGAUACGCCACUUCUGGUGAACUUCCACCAAACACUAAAAACGGAUCUUCUUUCAUCAAUGAUCCGUCUCUACACUCUGCCAAUGAAACUAAAGCACAGAUCAAAUUGGCUUUCCAGAAUGUCAAUAAGGUUAGUAUGAUUCUCUCUAAGUCUCUCAUGGCAUCAAGGAAUCCGAAGUCUCAUAACAUCAGCUUCAAAACUCGAGAGAACCAGUUGAUGGCCAUCAGAAACGGAGAAAGACAGACAAUCAGCUCCAAAGUUGCUGAUAUCGAACCUCUUAUUCCCCAACAGCUUGGUGUAUCAAAGGCUGUGCUUAUUUACGUUAUAUUCUGCCAUCAGGACGAUAAUGGAUGGCCCAUAAGUGACUCUGCAACGUUGAAAAAACGAUUUGAUGAAAUAUUCGAUUCCGUAAAGUUUAUCAAAGUUCUUGAAGAGAUGAAGGCUGCUACUAAAGAGCUCAAUAUACAGAUAAAAGUGCUUACAAACGACGUCUCUCACUUGGAAAAUGACAAGAUUAGGGCCAAGCAAAAACGUGCUCAUCUAUCGAGUUUAACUUUUCAAAUUCAAUCUCUGGAAGAUGAGAUGGUUCAGCUUAAAAUGCUUAUUGACGAGGAUGAUGCUAAGUUAUCUGAUUUAUACAAUACUAAGCAAGACUACGAACGAACUCUUAGUCAACUUGAGUCUUUAAAACAACAGCAAAACAGCACUAAGCAGCACAUCGAUCGAAUUAGAACGACAAGCAAGAUUCUUAAUGAACCCAGAGAAGUAUUACAAGAUAGAUUGAACGAUUUCACCAAUUUUAUGGCAGUUAAGAGGCAGAAGGUGGAUCACUUACAGGAGGAGAUUCAUGUGAGGAAUGUUGAUAUCGACUCUAAGAGAGCUCAAUACGAUGAAGCGAUGUUUGAACAUGGAAAAUUGGAAGGAAUAUUUGAUAAGUAUCAGAGUAAUAGGGAAAGGCUCAGGAUGUUGUUCGAUAAGUAUGAUUUUAUCGAUAUCACUGAUUUAAAUGGUUCAGUAGCCAAACUCAAUGCUCAAUAUAAAUCCGAAAAGAGUGAGAUGAUAGAGAGAUUAGAUGACUAUGACUUCCAGUUGGUUACGGUGAAAGAAGAAAUUACCAAAGAAGAACAGCAUUGUCAUUACAUCAAAACAGAUAUUUCAAAUUUGAAGGAUAAUGAGAAAGACAUGCAGAAAAGGCUUAGUGGACUUGGAGACAAUACUACAAAAUUGGAGAGUGCUAAGGGAUAUCUUAUAGAAAACGAAGAGAAACUUGAUGAUAAGAGGAAGAAUAAUGGCAUAUCUGAAACGUUGCGGCAAAUUGAAGGAUGCAAUACUACAAUCAAAAGAUGUGAGGUUGAAAUCGAUGAUAUUCAACGAAAGAUGAACAUUGCAAGGAAAAAUGAAGAAAUUCACUCUAAGUACAAUGUUCUUGUUGAGAUGAACUUGAAGUGUAUGAGAUCAAAAGAUACUGCGGUGAAGAAAUUGAAGAAUUUGCUAUCUACAGAAAACGACCCUCAAGCUGAGUUUCUCAUUCAAGUUAACAACUUAGCCACAGAGAGGAAAGCUUGCCAGACAAAGCUGGAAGACUUGAAGAUGAAACGAGCCCAACUCAAUUCAAAUUUGAGCCGGAGUCAAGAAUUACGCUUUCAAGCCUCUGAAGAGUUGAAACGGCUAGAGGCCGGUUUUUACGAAAUCUCUAAUAAGUAUAUGGCAUGUUAUGGAGAGGAAUUGAAGAGUGAUGAAUUUGAUGAUGUGUUGUUAGAGGUAGAAAAUGAUUAUAGUAAUGAUUUCACAACAAUGAAGAAUCAUGAGUCGUAUGUGACGUUCAAUAAACGAGCCAUUGAGCUUGCCAAAGCUAAGAAUGCAUGUCUUCUUUGUCAUAGAGAGUUUCAAGGUCAGGAGCAGUCGCAGUUUUUCAAACUUUUAGGGGAGCAGAAUAAGAAGUUGAACGAUAGUGAAGAGGCAAGUAACUUGCUUAAACAAAAAGAAGAAGUCUUAAAGAUGAUGAGGAAUGCGAGUAAGGAUGUUGCAAAGGUUAAGUCGCUGAAAGAUGACAAUAUGGACAAAGAUGUAGUACGUUAUGGAAAUGAGCUUAAAGAGGUGAGCUCUGUGAUUGAGACGGAGAAUGAAAGCCUCGGGAAUAUUAUGGAUCAGCAGGAAAAGAUGAAAAGCUGGGAAUCUGACGUUAUGCAUAUUCGUCACUGGAAUGAGGAAACUGAUGAAAGAAAGAGGCAGAUUGACAGACUGAAUCAAGAACUGAUUGAUGAUGGCUCGUCUGGCGAAUACAAGGAGUUGGAAGAACGUUAUAGGGAGUAUUCCGAAGAGAUGAGGAAAGCGCGGAGUAAUUUAGAGAGUUACAGAGCUGAGAAGGAAUUGAAAUUGACUGAAUUGAAUAGAAUUGAAGCAUCAGUAAGUGACUUGAAGCUUAAAAUUAAGAGUUUAGAGCUGAUAUCGAUGGAUAAGAUCAACAUUGAAAAGUCUGUUGAGGAAACUAAGAAGCAGAUUGUUUCUUUAGAGAGUUCGCUUGGGGAGAGUAAAGCCAGGUGUAAGAUACUGCAGGCGAGUUACGAUAAGAGCAAGCGAGAGAUGGAUGGAUACAAGAAUGAGGUGAAGGUUAAGGUUGGUUCCUUAGAAAACCAAUUGAAUGAGAAAAAGGAGAUCAGAAAUGAGGUGGUCAAUAUUGAUAAUGCUAUCAAGGAAUAUGAGAAUACAUAUGCAUAUAAGCUUGAAGAGUGUAAGAAGCGGAUACAGGUUUAUAAAAGCAGUAUUGCCGCAAUUGAGCCUGAGAUUUCUGAAUUGGAAAGUCAAAGAGAGGAGUUGGAGAAGCAGAUAAGUGAUGCUAGUGGUGAGGAAAGGACUAUUACAUACAACAUCGAGCUUAUUUCCUUGGAGAAUGAGUUGAUAAAUAUUGAAGAAGACAUUGGUAAGCUUGAUGUGAAAAAGGCAGAGGCUGAAAGAGAGACAUAUGUUACGCAAAGCCGACAUUUACAAGAGCAGCAGAUGGAACAUAGACGGCAGUAUGCCACGAAGGUGGGAGAGAAGACUCAGAUCCAGAAGCAGACAGAGUCCAUUGUGCAAGAGAUGAAUAGAGAUUACAAAGACGUGGACAAGAAGUACGGAGAACAAUAUGCUAAGCUACAAACGAAACUUGCAUUGGUCACAGAUUUGGGAACAUGUUACAAGGCCACUGAUGAUGGUGUUAUGAUGUUCCACCAGCAGAAGAUGAUGGAGAUCAACCGAAUCAUAGACGAGUUAUGGAAGACAACUUAUACAGGUAAUGAUGUGGAGUCGAUUAUGAUUAAGGCCGAUCCAAUUUCCGCAGGUAAGCCACGUACAGGUUCGAUCAGAUCACAUAAAUCGUAUAAUUAUCGUGUGGUGAUGAUUAAAAAUGGCGUGGAGUUAGAUAUGCGCGGUAGAUGCUCUGCGGGACAGAGGGUUUUGGCUUCUAUCAUCAUACGUUUGGCACUUGCAGAGUGCUUUGGACUCAACUUUGGUAUGAUCGCAUUGGAUGAACCCACUACAAACUUGGACGAGGAGAAUGUGGAGAGUCUAGCCAAGGCAUUGAAUAAGAUUAUCGAAAUGAGGUCCGUUCAAAGGAAUUUCCAGUUAAUUGUGAUUACCCACGAUGAGAAGUUUUUACGGUAUAUGAAUGCAGUGUCAUUCACAGAUCAUUAUUAUAGAAUUGCUAGAAAUGAGAGACUACAUUCGACGAUCAGUAAGGUGAGAAUCACUUCACUAUAA